GACUGCAUGCGCUACGGCAUGGACGGGGCGGACCCGAUGGCCGACGACAGGCUUCCGCUGCGGGACUUCCGGGCGGAGAUCACGUCCGUUCAGGGCUGCGCGGGGGUCCACAUUCAAGGGGUACUGAACCUGCUGGACAACCUCGAGGAGGAUGGCGGCACCCGGGUUGUUCCAGGAUUCCACAAGGCCUUCCCAGAGUGGUUCAAGGCGUUGGGGCCGCUGGAGCAAAACCUGUUCCAGAGCGGGCCGCAUGACAACUUUGUUCUUCGUCGCGCACAUGGCGGCGGCAGCUUCAAGUUCUCGAACCUGGACCCGAUACACAAGUUGUCGCACAGGGUUCCCAUGCGUGCCGGCAGCAUGCUGAUCUGGAACCAGCUGGUGGUGCAUGGCAGCGUGGCCAACAACUCGAGAAAUUUCAGGAUGGCCCAGUUCAUCACCGGCUUCCGCGCCGCGGAGUUGUCUCCGGCGCGCGCAUGGGCGAGGAGAGCUGCCGUGCUGCAGCAGGUGGCCGCGAACGGCCUCCGCCUUGGGCCGCUGGCGCCGCACGUGUUCGGUGCCUGCCAGGACGACGUGGAUCGAAGAGGCUGA